GGUCUCAAAACACAUUAUUGCCUCCAUACAAUGAAACGAACACUUUCCCUCGCGUUACCCGAAGUCAAAAACGUCAGACCCUCGCCGACUCUGUCUUCUCCUCCCGACGACUGCGCCUUCUCCUUCUCGUCGAUUCCGCCGCCGUCCACGGCUGCGCCUUCUCGUCGACUCCGCCGCCGCCCUCUUCUUUGCUGCUCGCAUUCUAGGGUUUCGCUUCGCGGUAGGAUCUCCGACGGAGCUGCCGGCGCCUGCGCUCACGACCGCCGGUUCGGCAUCUGCGGCCACCGCCCGCGCCGUCGGCCUCCGAUCGUGGCCGCCCAUCUCGGCCGGCGAUAGGCGAGUCGGUCUCGCGACUCGCGAGCUCGCGUUCGUUGCGAGAGCGGCCGAUUCCGCUUAGCCCGCGUCCGCUGGCAAGGCGAUUAUCCCCGACGAUGAGUUCUUUCUAGCCAAGAUUAACGUGGACUCGUAAUUGGUUGCUGCGAUAUCGGGGAGGUCGAGCAAUUCCAUUCCGUGCUCAUUGCGACUGACAUUCUGUUUUCAAAAUGCCAGUGGAGAUUAGUGAGAACAAUGAUUCAGUGGAGAUGCUGAAGAAUAUUCAUAUCUCUACCUACAAUGACAACCGGGAUGAUGAUGCAGAUCCAGAAGAAGUGGAGGAUCUGAUGAAUGAUGAUGAUGAUGAUGAUGAUGAGGAUGAGGAUGAUGAUGAAGUGCAAAAACCAGUAACUUUAGGUUUUGUUGAGAAGCCAAAAAAUAAAUGGUCCCUGCUUCGUCAACUCUUCCCUAGCAAAGCUGGGGGGGUGCCGGCUUGGUUGGAUCCAAUUAAUCUACCAUCUGGUAGGUCUCGCCUUUGUGAUAUAUGUGAACAACCCUUGCAAUUUUUGCUUCAGGUAUAUGCACCGACCUCUGAUCGAGAAUCCACGUUUCAUCGCACAUUAUAUUUGUUCAUGUGUCCAUCGAUGUCUUGUCUACUUAAAGAUCAACAUGAACAAUGGAAGCGACCUGCAGUAAAUGCCUCUCGAAGUGUGAAAGUUUUUCGUUGCCAAUUGCCUUGCGACAAUCCCUUCUACUCAAGUGAACCCCCACGACAUGAUGGGAGUGACAAACCUUUAGGGAGUGGAGCUCCACUUUGUAACUGGUGUGGAACAUGGAAAGGAGAUAAAUUUUGUGGUAGUUGCAGAGAAGCAUGAUACUGCUCUGAAAAACAUCAGGCCAUGCAUUGGCGCUCAGGUCAUAAAGUUAUGUGCCAAAAUAGUAGUAGAAAUGCAGGAAAUUCAUCAGCAGAAGACCAGAAGCCUGCAAGCAGUAGUCCAUGGCCUGAACACGAAAUUGUUAAUGAGGAUGAGGCUGAGUACAAUGUCGAUGUGUCCACUGAUUUGGAUAAUGCCAAUUUUCUGGUAUCCAAAAACCAGAUGGAUGACUCAAUAAAUUCACUUAUUGAUAGUUUCCAGGGUGACAGUGACAGGAGGAGUUGGGGCAACUUCCAAGAACGUAUUGCCAGGGCGCCUGAACAAGUUUUAAGGUACUGUCGAAAUGUAUGCUCUAGGCCCCUGUGGCCGAUGUCAAGUGGUCAGCCAUCAACAGCUGAUAUUCCCAAAUGCAGCUAUUGUGGAAAGCCCCGAUGUUUUGAAUUUCAGGUCUUGCCUCAGCUACUUUACUUUUUCGGCGUGAAGAACGAUGCAGAUUCGUUCGACUGGGCUACUAUUGCUGUUUAUUCCUGUGAAGCGUCUUGCGAAGGGGCUGCGAGUUACAAGGAAGAAUUUGCUUGGGUGCAAGUGUCAUCCCCAUCUCAAGUGGUACCUUGAAAAUUCUUGUUCUAUAAUUCUCCCCGUCCUGCCUCCUUUUGAUGAUCGUUUCCGGUAGAGUUACAAUAGGCUCCGAAAUCCAAGAAAGGGGUAAAGUUUGAUUCUACGCCGUGGACAAAAUGAAAGCCCCGUUUGUAUCUACUAGGCGUCAGCCCAAAAAAGAAAAAGAAAAAGAAAAAAUAGAACUGAAGAGUGGAUGAAAGGUGGCAGGACAUCCUGCUGGAAAUUUGAGUAACAAGUUAGGAAAAAUUACAAAAAAAAUCGUAAAUUUGUUACAAUUGUCUUGA